UGAAGAUCAACUGGGGAAGACUCUAGAGCUAAAGGAAUCUGAAGACCCUGAAUCCAUCAGCAUCCAAAUGGAAGGGGAAGAUGACACAGAUCAGGAGGAGGAGGCAGAAGCUCAGGUCACCCAGCUGACAGACACAGACUACCACACAGCAUCGCAACACCCAGAAACCCACAAGGUGUGCGUGGAACUGCGGGAACUGGUGAUGGAUGAAAAGAACCAAGAGACACAAUGGAUGGAAACAGCACGCUGGGUGGGGCUGGAGGAGAACCUGUGCAAAGAUGGGAUCUGGGGCCGCCCCCACCUGCCUUACCUCAACUUCUGGAGCCUCUUGGAGCUUCAGAAAGCCUUUGCCAAGGGUACUGUCCUUCUGGAUCUGCCAGGGAAAUCCUUGGCUGAAGUGGCCAACCAGCUGCUGGACAGGUUUAUCUUUGAGGGGCAGAUCCAGCCAGAUGACCAAGAAAAUCUGCUCCGGGUCCUGCUGCUGAAACACAGCCACGCCAGCGACAUGGAGGCCCUGGAGGGCGUGAAGCCUGUGGUCGUGACACGUUCUGGGGAAGCUUUGGAGCCUCUGCUCCCACAGCGUCCAUCACUGGAGACAGAGCUCUUCUGUGCACAGGGAGAGGGCAGCACACGAGGGCACGCAUCUGAAAUUCUGGGAAAGAGUCCCCAGGACUGGGAGGCCACCCUGGUGCUAGUGGGCCGUGCCAACUUCCUGAAGCGGCCAGUGCUGGGCUUUGUGAGGCUAAAGGAGCCGAUGGAGCCGGAGCCAAAGCCAGAGGGGUCAGAGGAGCCGGCAGUGCCUGUGCGCUUCCUCAUUGUGUUGCUGGGACCCGAGGGCCCCAACAUCGACUACACCCAGCUGGGCCGAGCUGCCGCCACCCUCAUGUCGGAGAGGGUGUUCUGGAAUGAGGCAUACCUGGCCCAGAGCAAGGAGACACUGGUCCAGUCCCUGGAGGGCUUUCUUGACUGCAGUCUGGUGCUGCCUCCCUUGGAAGCCCCCUCUGAGAAGGCCCUGCUCAGUCUGGUGCCUGUGCAGAAAGAGCUGCUGAGAAGACGCUACCUGCCCAGCCCUGCCAAGCCCGACCCCAGUAUCUUCAAGGACCUAGAUGUGAAGAAAGGUCCAGGGGACACCCCAGAAGACCCUCUGCAGCGAACAGGCAGGCUCUUCGGGGGACUGGUGCGUGACAUCCGGCGCCGCUACCCCCACUACAUGAGUGACAUCACAGAUGCCUUGAGCCCCCAGGUCCUGUCUGCCAUCAUCUUCAUCUACUUUGCCGCCCUGACCCCUGCCAUCACUUUCGGCGGCCUCCUGGGAGACAAGACCCAGAACAUGAUGGGAGUGUCGGAACUGCUGCUCUCCACCGCUUUGCAGGGCAUCAUCUUCUCCCUGCUGGGGGCUCAGCCCCUGCUCGUGUUGGGCUUCUCGGGACCCCUGCUUGUGUUUGAGGAAGCCUUCUACAUGUUCUGUCAGACUAACAACCUGGAGUACAUUGUGGGCCGUGUGUGGAUUGGCUUCUGGCUCAUCCUGCUGGUGGUGCUGGUGGUGGCCUUCGAGGGCAGCUUUCUGGUCCGCUUCAUCUCCCGAUACACCCAGGAGAUUUUUGCCUUCCUCAUCUCCCUCAUCUUCAUCUAUGAGACCUUCUACAAGCUGGUUACGAUCUUCGAGGAACAUCCACUGCAGAAGAACUAUGACCACGAUGUGCUGACAACACCCAAACCUCAGGCCGCCCUGCCCAACACAGCCCUCCUCUCUCUUGUGCUCAUGGCUGGUACCUUCUUCCUCGCCAUAAUGCUGCGCAAGUUCAAGAACAGCUCCUUCUUCCCUGGCAAGCUGCGACGGAUCAUUGGGGAUUUUGGGGUUCCUAUCUCUAUCCUGAUCAUGGUCAUGGUGGAUGCCCUCGUCCAGGACACCUACACCCAGAAACUCAAUGUACCUGAAGGCCUCGCUGUAUCUAACCCCACAGAGCGAGACUGGCUUAUCCACCCACUAGGCAUACAUGUCGAAUUUCCCAUCUGGAUGAUGUUUGCCUCUGCCCUGCCUGCCCUGCUGGUCUUUAUUCUCAUCUUCCUUGAGUCCCAGAUCACCACGCUGAUCAUCAGCAAACCCGAGCGCAAGAUGGUCAAGGGCUCUGGCUUCCACCUGGACCUGCUGCUGAUCAUGGGCAUGGGUGGGGUGGCCGCCAUCUUUGGGAUGCCCUGGCUCAGCGCCACCACUGUGCGCACUGUGACCCACGCCAAUGCCCUCACCAUCAUGAGCAAGGACAGCACUCCAGGGGCUGCAUCCCAGAUUCAGGGAGUCAAGGAACAGCGGAUCAGUGGACUUCUGGUUGCUGUGCUCGUGGGCGUGUCCAUCCUCAUGGGACCCAUCCUCCGCCACAUCCCCCUGGCGGUGCUAUUCGGCAUCUUCCUCUACAUGGGGGUUACAUCCCUCAGUGGCAUCCAGUUGUUCGACCGCAUCUUGCUUUUGUUGAAGCCGCGCAAGUACUACCCAGACGUGCCCUACGCCACGAGGGUGAAACCCUGGCGCAUGCACAUAUUCACGAUCAUCCAGGUUGCCUGCCUGGUGCUGCUGUGGGUGGUGAGGAGCAUCAAACAAAUCUCGCUGGCCCUCCCCUUCGUCCUCAUCCUCACAGUGCCCCUACGUCGCUACCUGCUGCCACUCAUCUUCCGAGACAUGGAGCUCAAGUUUCUGGAUGCUGAGGAUGUCAAAAUGAACUUAGAUGAGCAGAAUGGUCAGGAUGAAUAUGAUGAGGUGGUCAUGCCUGUGUGAGGGGAGAGCCCGGGCCCCAGAGCCCCCUCCACCCUUCCACUUUCCCGUUCUUCCCUGAAAAGCAGAAGUUCCUGGGCACCCCAUGGACUCCCAGGUGCCCACUGGGCAGCAGUCGAGGUCCCGGGGACAUGGGUGGGGGAAGGAAGGGGUGUCUAGGUAGCUUUGCAUGAAGGGUAGACUGGCUUCUGGAUGUAAAUGACCAGUGGGGCCCAAAGUAGAGGAUUUGCUGUGCAGCCCCUCCUGGGCCACACUGCUACCUGAGGGUCCUGGCCUGGAAGACUGAAAUCUAAGUCCUACCUCCUCAAGGCACAGACAGGGGCAGUAACAAGGUGGGAGUUGGUGGGGGGUGGGUGGGGGGUGGGGGGUGGAGAUUCAAAAUCCUGCUUGCUAUAUGACCUUGGGGGAAGUCCCUGGAUCUCUCCAGCCUCCGCUUCCUUAUCUGUAAAGUGGGUAUAUUGAUAAUCCUACCCACAUUACAGGAUGGUCUCUGAGCACCAAAGAUAAAUGUGAAGAAAGGGCUCUGUAAAAUCUGAACAGACUAUUAGACAAUAGUCAUCACUCUUCAAGCCUGCCCAAGGUUACCCAGCUCCUGAGCCAUGCAGCUGGAAUUUGACCUCUGAGGCCAGAGUCUACUUCAGUCACCCACCUUUCCAGGCUUAGAGAUGUGCCUGCUGGUCCCUCUCUUCCCCUUCUCUGCUCAUACUGGGACCCUCUUCCUCUGGGCAGAGGAGGUAUCCUGGAAACGGCAAGGAUCAGGUGAGGACAAAGUCAGGGCUGGGACUCAGGCCUCCUAAGUGCUUGCUCUCUCUCCCGUGCUCUCAUUCAUUCACUCAUUCAUUCAUUCCACAAACAUGUACCAAAGGCCCUGGACCCAGUGGCCACACAGGUUACUGAGACAAGACCUUGCCCUGGGGUUGGGGGUGGGGGCAGUGUACAGUCUUCUUGAUUUGGAGGGGGUUGGAAAGAGGAUGAGAAGAUAGGGAGGAGAUGGGAAGGGGAAGGGAGGGAGGUUUGUAAUUUAUACCUUGUAUAUUCUCAGAGCUUUCAUUGUACUUCACCUACGCACAUGCACACGCAUACACGCAUACCCUGAUUAAAGACCCACUGUCCUCAACUCCACUUGAACCAAAUCUUGGGGAGAAUCCCAAUUCGACCAACUGGGGUAGGAGACAGUGGUAGCUGCAGAAUAUGGGCAAAAUGUUUGUUUUUUUUUUUUUACAAAAGAAAAUUAUAAAAAAGAGUUGAAAGAACUAGAAGCAGUGAGAGAUGGUUGAAACUGGGGAGCGGGGUAUGACAGAAAAGAAAGGAGGCUGAGAGGACCCUCGGGUGCCUCUUGAAGGCUGAAAGCUGCUUCCCACCACUUCACUGUUCUAUGCCUCAGUUUUCUCAUCUGUAAAGUGGUACCUACUUUGUAGGAUCAUUAUAAGGAUUAAAGGAGACAAUGCCUGUAAAGUGAUUGCUUAGCGCAGACCCCUAAGCAAGAGUUUGGCAGUGUUAGCCACUGGUCUAUGGAGUGUCCCUGUCCCCACCCUCUGCUCCUUGAUCACUGCCAAGUGGAAAAAGUCACUCUGCUAGCAUCCUUCCCCUUGAUCGUGGGAAAUAGGUUUUACUAAUAAAUGCAUGUAUGGUA